AUGAUCCAGGCCCACAUCCGCUUUUUCUCGUUGACCACUCCGGCAGCCUUCUUCCCUCAUGGCCUAACGCUGGUGGAUCCCAUGGAGGCUGCCCGGCUCUUCGGCUCCUGGGGCCUUGCCUCCGUGGAGGCCAUUGAGGACGUCCUGGCCACGGACCGGGCCGCGGUGGAACGCAUGGAGCAGAAGCACUUGUUGCUGCCAAACCGUGAAGGCCUGGGAUCUGGCUCUGUUUUGGUGCCAGCAGCCAGGUGGAAGAACGCCUGGUACGUGACGGUCCGGGCCCUGCGAGAGAAGUUUUGCAAGCGGGCCUGGCAAUCACAUGUCUGGAAGAACUUCGAAUCGUGGCAGUCAGAGUUCGAAUGGCUAGAGGCUACGGUCAGACACCAGGCUUUGGUGCAGCAUUCGGAAACUGCCCAGCACCAACUUGCUGUUUCCAAGUUGAGUGGCAGCAGUGUUCCAGGCACUGAUUUGUUCAAGCAAGUGCUGGACAGAAUUUCGAAGGGAAAUCACUCUCCGGAAGAUGGCCGGUUCGCCAUUUGGAAUGAGAAUGGGUAA